AUGCGUCAGAAAUACAUAGACGCCAUGACAUUAGUGCAAAAAUUUGGAAAACCCGAUAUAUUUUUGACAAUGACAUGUAACCCAAAUUGGCCAGAAAUCAAAGACCUUUUGAUACCGCAAGAAGAAUCACAGAAUCGAGCAGAUCUGGUGGUAAGAGCUUUCCAUGCAAGGCUUGAACUGCUGAAAGAAAACCUCUUUAAGAAACAUAUAUUCGGUGAAGUAGCAGCCUACACUUAUGUUAUAGAAUUUCAAAAGAGAUGUCUUCCACACGCACAUUUUCUCAUUAUAUUGAAACCUCACUGCAAGAUGUAUAGGCCAGAAGAAUAUGAUGAGAUUGUGUCGGCAGAAAUACCUAAUGAGAAGGAUAACCAUCACUUGUAUAAAAUGGUUGUCAAGCACAUGCUUCAUGGCCCGUGUGGUAUACUGAACGUUGAUAAUGUUUGUAUGAAAAAGAAUGGUACUUGCAAAAACUCAUACCCGAGGCCUUAUUCUAAUGAAACCACUCAAACAUCUGAUGCAUACCCGAUCUACCAGAGGCGAAAAAAUGGGGUGACAGUCAAAGUUAGGAAAGCUACACUUGAUAACCGAUGGGUGAUACCAUACAAUCCCUACUUGCUAGCAAAGUUUGAUUGUCAUAUCAACGUAGAUAUAUGCUCGACAAUAAAGGCAGUCAAAUAUAUAUAUAAGUACAUAUGUAAAGGUUGUGAUAGAAUAAGUUUUGUUGUGUCAUCGAAUAAUGAUUCCACGCUGAUAGAUGAAAUAGACCAAUAUCAGUCAGGGAGAUGGGUUUCGGCUCCAGAAGCAACAUGGAGGUUCUACAGAACUGACAAGUUGGCCCAAGACUUGGACUUGACCUACUCUGAGUUCCCAGAUCAUUUUGUUUGGCUGCAAGGGGACAGAUUUUGGAAACAUAGAGACCUAGGGGAUUCUGUAGGCCGAAUAGUAGCAGCUCAUCCAACUGAAGGUGAAAGGGAAGCAUGCUUGUUACGUGGCUAUUUGGUAGAUGAUAAUAGCCAGCAAUUAUGUUUACAAGAGGCCUCUACUUUCCACUUGCCCUAUGAACUCAGACGCCUUUUUGCCACCCUUCUGGUUUAUUCAUGCCCCAACAACCCUCAAGCCCUGUGGUUAGCUUAUGAAGAUUUAAUGGUGGAAGACCUAUUAAGAUUUAACCAGAUGACACAUAAAGAAGCUACAAAGCAGGCGUUGUUACAGGUCAAUGGAUUUUUACAGUCCAUGGGCAGAAACAUUCAUGAAUUUGAUCUGGCACCACAAGCAUACUCAUAUGCUGACCUUCAAGAUUUGACAAGAGAAAUUAGAGCUGAACAAGGUAUUAUAGUCUCGCAGGAAGAUCUUGAUACAAUAAUAAAACUCAAUGAAAAGCAAAAAAUAGCCUUCGAUAUAAUAAUUGGGAGAGUCCAUUCAAAUGAAGGUGGUGCUUUCUUUGUUGAUGGCCCUGGUGGUACGGGAAAAACGUAUCUGUAUAGGGCUUUAUUAGCAAAGAUUAGAUCAGAAACACAUAUAGCGCUGGCAACCGCCACUUCAGGCAUAGCAGCGUCAAUACUCCCUGGGGGUAGGACGGCUCAUUCAAGAUUCAAAAUCCCACUUGACUUAGUCGAAGGAGGAACCUGUAGAGUUAGCAAACAAAGUUCUUUGGCAACUCUAAUUAAAGGCUCUAAGCUGAUCAUAUGGGAUGAGGCCCCAAUGGCCAAAAGGACCGCUAUCGAGGCUUUAGAUGAUCUUUUGCAAGAUCUCAUGGAUUCAAAGGAACUUUUUGGGGGUAAGGUUGUCGUGCUUGGUGGAGAUUUUAGACAGACACUACCCGUGGUGCGCAAGGGUACUAAGGCGGAAACUAUUGCUGCAUGUCUAACUAAAUCUCCAUUAUGGCCAUCACUUCACAUAUUACGUUUGGAAGAGAACAUGAGAGCUUUGUUAGACCCUGCUUUUAGCGAGUUUCUGCUCAAAAUUGGCAACGGAACCCAACCCACGGAUGAAAAUGACCUAAUCAACAUUCCUGCCUCCAUGCUCAUUGACAGACAUUCAGAAACCGCCUCCUUAGAUGCCCUCAUUGAAUCUGUCUACCCAAAUAUUCAGACCUUUAGUGGCUCAUGUGAGCUAACGGAAUAUGCAAGCUUUGAUGAGACGAUAGAUCCAAAUGACCAAACUCAGUAUGAGGACUUUUUGCAUUCGCUUACACCAAAUGGUAUGCCACCUCAUAGGCUUUUUUUGAAACCAAACUCGCCUAUCAUUCUGUUAAGAAACUUGAACCCUACUGAAGGAUUAUGCAAUGGGACUAGAUUAAUAUGCAGAGAUUUGAGAAGCAACGUCAUACAUGCUGAGAUUGCUUUUGGAGACUUUGCUGGCAAAGAAGUUUUUAUACAUAGAAUACCUUUGCAGCCUCCAACUGAUGAGGAUUGUACUGUUCCGUUCAAAAGGAUUCAGUUCCCAAUCAGGUUAUGCUUUGCAAUGACUAUCAACAAAGCACAAGGCCAAACCCUUGAUUUUGUUGGCGUUUACCUAAAAGAACCUGUCUUUUCUCACAGGCAACUUUAUGUUGCACUUUCACGGGCAAGGACAACAGAACAUGCAAAAGUGCUGAUUAGGCCACCUCUCUUUGAUGCUCCCAACGUUAGAGAAACAAAGAACAUUGUGUAUAAAGAAGUUCUCCAAAUCACUGACGAUAUUGGUGGUCUGCCACUUAAUGCUGGUCAUUCUGUUUUCAUUGACUCGCUUUCUUUGUGGCGUAGCUUUUGCGGCACCCAUGAACGUGCCUGA